AUGUCAAAGAUUAAUUAUAAUUUAUCUAAAUUAACUCUUUAUGAUAAGAAAAAAAUUUUGGAUCCUCCAGAUGUUUCAGACAUAAUAGUCUUGGAUAUUAACAAUGAAGACAAAAGUGACAAAUAUUCAUAUUUUAGCAGAAAUGAUUAUAAAGAAUAUGCUUUAUGUACCGGGAAUUAUGUAAAUAAAAUACAACAGGGUGACUUUGUUAUUUGGGAAUCUUGUAACAAGAAUGAUUGUUCACAUCUAGUAUUAUUUUACGAUGGUGAUGAUAAGUAUAUUGUAAUAGUUCCUUAUGAAGGGAAUUUAAUUCUUUUACACAAAUCUUCUGAUGGUUCUUGGAUUAAUAUAAAAACUAAAGUCGAUUUGAACAAAUUACAAAUGUUCCAAAAAAAUGGAAAUGAUUUAUGCAUAGGUAUGUUUUACUACGAUUUGCAGUUGUUUAAUCUAAAAAUCGUAUUUGAAAUUCGAUGUGAAAUGAUCGUUUAUCAGCGUAGGUUAAUUUAUAACCAUUGUAAUAAACCAAUACAUGGCCACCCAUAUUCAUUGACUUUUAAUUUGAAAGAUGGAACUAUCUCAAUUCACUUAACUGAUGAGUCAAUACUAACUUUUCAAAAUUUAAAGACUGAAUUACCUGAAAUAACAAAUUUUCGUAUUUCUGAUAAAAAUGAUGAUUGUUAUAAACCAUCACAUUUCAAUGUUAAUCAUGGUGUUGAAGUCUAUAAAGAUGAGCAACUACAUAAGCAACUAUGUUUAUACGGUUUUAAAAAACACAUUUGUUCAGCUUAUAAAAAUUAUUAUGAUAAAUCUGUUGACACUGAAGCUGAGAGUGUUAUUGUUGACGGUAAUUUGAUAAUGUCGACCGACAAAUAUGUAACGUAUUGCUCACAAUCAGUUAGGGGUUUCGAAGCUAAACAAGGAUAUUAUAUUGGAAAGAUAUUAAAUCGCUCACCACGUUAUGGAAAUUUGGAUUUACCUCAGUAUAUUUAUAAUAAAAAAACAAUACGUAAUUCACGUUAUUUAUCAACUGAAAAUCGUGAUCUUGAAUAUAAUUACAAAUAUUGUAUAGAUUAUUUUGGUUCAAUAAGACCAGAUAUAACAAGGUUGAAGUUCUACAACAUGGAAGAUAUUGAAAUCACUUCUGAUGGUUUUGAUGUCACACAUGACGAUUUUUUUUAUGCAAUUAGGUUCAAAACUGAAUUAUAUAGGGUUGUCUAUAAUGGCAAGGAGUACUGGAAUUAUAAUAAUGAUAAUAGUAAUGGAUUUCCUAACAAAAUCUACUUCACAGACUACAAUAAUGAUAUGAACGUUUGUUUCAAUGAUGGCAAAAUCGUAAAGGUAAAGAUUAAGGUUCACUUUUUAAAAUUAUAUACAACUGACGAGUUUGGUAAUAGCGUCCCUAUAAACGAGAACUACUGUAGAAUCACAAAGCCAGAAAAGUGCAAACAAUUAUAUAAACUUAAAGAAGGUGCGAAGUGUACUGAGAUCUACUUCUAUGAUGUAGAGCUUAUAUGGAAGCACAAGGAAGGUGAUCCAUAUCCCAUUUCAAUCUGUUAUGAUUAUGAAUUUUAUGAAGCAAGCGUAAGAUUUGAAAAAUAUUUCAUUAUUUCAAUGAGAGGCCGCCAUAACACGACUUGGGAUACCCUCUUAUUUCCAAUUCCGAGAUCUUUAAAACUAUUCCAACUUAAUGGGCAUGGUGAAACUGUAGAAUUGAAUGACAAACACUAUUUUUUAACCUGUGAUCACUUCGGAGACUUCCGAUAUAAAAUGAAUAAAAACGUUGAAUGCGUUGAGAUAAAACUGGGUGAUUUAAGUAUUUGGAGACACCAACCAUCCCAGCCAUAUCCACACACAGUGUCUUAUUUAAUUUUCCACGGAUUUAUUACAGGAUUUUGUAAAACUUUAAACAUUAAGAUGGAAAGAAAAAGAGGAAUUUGGAUUACUAAAUUCCACCCGAUUCAAUUAUUCGAAAAAUUCCGUAGAAAUAAGAAACUUAAAUUGACUAAUUCAAAGUCGUAA